AUGUGUCAAACAUCUUAUUGCCACUUUCGAGUUGCGGCGUUCCUUAAAAGUUUAAUAAAAUAUGCAUUGUUUACUUUUGUGAACAACGAACAUUUCACAAAACAACAGUAGGGUAAAAUAGACAAGUAGGACAGCCGAUAAAAUGGAUUUUCAAAAUCGACCAGGAGGAAAAACGGGAGGUGGAGGAGUGGCAUCAUGGUCCGAAAGCAACAGAGAUAGACGUGAAAGACUUCGUCAACUCGCUUUAGAGACAAUCGAUCUUAACAAGGACCCUUAUUUUAUGAAAAAUCAUUUAGGUUCCUAUGAAUGCAAGUUAUGUCUGACUCUACACAAUAACGAGGGAAGUUAUCUUGCUCACACGCAAGGAAAAAAACAUCAAGCUAAUUUAGCACGCAGAGCUGCAAAAGAAGCUAAGGAAGCUCCUCAACAAUUGGCUCCAGAGAAACCUAGAAUUGAACCUAAGAAGUUUGUUAAAAUUGGACGUCCUGGUUACAGAGUAACCAAACAGAAAGACCCAGAGAAUGGACAGCAGAGUUUAUUGUUUCAAGUUGAUUAUCCAGAAAUUGCAGAUAGCGUACAGCCAAGGCAUCGCUUCAUGUCAGCGUAUGAGCAAAAAAUUGAGCCCCCAGACCGCAGGUGGCAAUAUUUGCUCUUUGCUGCUGAACCUUAUGAGACUAUUGCAUUUAAAGUACCGAGUCGGGAAGUUGAAAAACAUGAUUCCAAGUUUUGGACACACUGGAAUAAGGAUACUAAGCAAUUUUUCCUACAGUUUGCAUUUAAAUUGGAGCCCUUGAGAAUGCCACCGCCUCCACCGAAAAUGUGGGAGAAUCAUGGCAUUCGUCUGCCGCCUCCACCUGGAGCCCCCAUGAUGGGAGUGCCACCACCACCUCCAUUGAUGCCAGUGCCUCCACCACCUCCUUCUAUGUAAUUUUUUAUUGUACUGUAAAUAAAUUUGUGAAGAUAAA